UCCUAGCUAUUUCCCCUUCACAUUUCUUUCUUUGACUGCAAUUAUCUCUGUACCUCUUCUAAGGGUUUUUAUCCUAAUAUCAGCUCUCCAUGUAAAUUAAAUUUCUUGUUUUAAAAUUUUGUUCUUGUUUGUAUCAUUUUUAGGGUUGUUGAUCAGUUAGGUUUCUGAGUUUUUUUGUUUAUUUUGUGAAAAAAAAGAGGAAUUUUUUUUUAUUAUCAAGAGAGAUGACAGUGACGGCGGCGGCGGCGGAUUCGUGUUUGGGUGACGAUCAAGUUUGGCCCCCGGGGUUUCGGUUUCACCCUACUGAUGAAGAGCUGGUUCUUUAUUAUUUAAAGAGGAAGAUCUGUAGAAGAAAGCUCAAGCUUGAUAUCAUAAGGGAAACUGAUGUUUACAAGUGGGAUCCUGAGGAGUUGCCUGCACAAUCGAUACUGAAGAGUGGGGACAGACAAUGGUUCUUUUUCAGUCCAAGAGACAGGAAAUACCCUAACGGAGCAAGGUCAAACAGGGCAACCAGACAAGGGUAUUGGAAGGCAACAGGAAAGGAUCGUACUAUUACCUGUAAUUCUCGGGUAGUUGGCGUGAAGAAAACUUUGGUUUUCUACAAAGGGCGUGCGCCUAAUGGUGAGCGAACUGAUUGGGUGAUGCAUGAGUAUACCCUUGAUGAGGAGGAACUCAAGAGAUGCCAGAACAUGAAGGACUAUUAUGCUCUCUAUAAAGUGUACAAAAAAAGUGGACCUGGCCCUAAAAAUGGUGAGCAGUAUGGGGCACCAUUUAAAGAAGAAGAAUGGGCUGAGGAGGAAUAUGUUAGUAACCCUGUUACAGUCACCCCUGUGAAGCUACCUAAUGAGGCCAUUCCUGAUGAUAAUGUAAAAGCAAAUGGUCAAGUUCAGUCUGCAUUAAAUGAUAUUGAGGAGUUUAUGAGACAAUUAGCUGAUGAGCCUGCACUUCCACUGCCACAAGCUCAAUCUGGCUAUGCGUUGCCACAGGUUGUCAGUGAAGAAGAGACACAAAGUACUUUGCUGGACCCGUCUCCAAGGGGUGUUAUCUUUCCUGAACCAAUUGGGGUUUGCCAUGAGCAGGCAGGCUUUGAAUUCUCCCAGUCACCUACUUCUCAUUUGCAUGAGGCACCUGAGGUCACAUCUGUUGCUGACCACUUUGGACAGGUACCUCAAAUAUGCGAGGAGGGUUUCCUAGAAAUUGACGAUCUCAGUGGUCCUCAAACUUUGACCCCCAAUGUUGGGCAACCUGCAGAGAACGUGCAGUUCAAUGAGUUGGAUGGACUGAGUGAAUUUGAUCUGUUCCAAGAUGCAGCCAUGUUUCUACAGGACAUGGGGCCUAUAGAUCAAGGAGCAGUUCCAUUCUCAUAUACAGAUAAUAUGAUAAAUCAGGUAAGUUACCAGCUGGAACCCCAAUCAAAUAUAAGCCUGAUGGAGCAGCAGUUGCAAACCCAGUCUAAUUUAAACCUGAUGGAUCAGCAAUUGCAACUCCAAUCAAAUAUUAAUCUGAUGGAUCCACAGUUGCAGCCGCAAUUGAAUGCCUUUGGGGUUAAUCAGCAUUUUCAGCCUCAGUUGAAUGCCACUGGGGAUAAUCAGCGGUUGCAGCCUCAGUUGAAUGCCUUUGGGGAUAAUAUGUUAAAUCAGGUGGGUAAUCAAUCUCAAUCCUGUUCAAAUAUAAACCUGAUAGAUCAGCAGUUGUUACCCCAUUCAAAUGUGGCCCAGGUGGAUUACCAGUUGCAGUUCCAGUCUGUUGGAGAUGAGCUGGAUCAACUAAUUCAACUGGAUCAGAUUAAUGGACCACUUUGGACACAUGAUCAGAGCAGUGAUGUCUUCACUCCAUCAGGAUCAAAUCUUGGGAAUGCUGCUCCAACUUCAGGUCUGAUAUACAAUGGAAAUAAUCAAGACCAAGGUGACGAAAACGGAGGUGGCCCAAGCAGGUUUUCUUCUGCUUUGUGGUCGUUUGUGGAGUCAAUACCUACUACUCCUGCUUCUGCAGCUGAGAAUCCUUUGGUAAAUCGGGCAUUGGAGCGAAUGUCUAGCUUCAGUAGGUUGAGAUUAAAUGCUAGAAACACUGCUGUUUCUGCAGUUAAUGGUGCUGCAACUGCAAGGAGGACAGGCGGUAAUAGGGGUUUCUUUUUCAUAUCUAUUUUAGGUGCUUUGUGUGCUAUCUUAUGGUUCUUAAUAGGAACCGUUAGGAUUCUAGGGAGAUCUAUCUCUUCAUGAAGAUAUAUGUACAUGGGAAGUUUUGUCAUUAUGUUCUACUGGGAGGUUGCUGAAAUUAUUGCGUAGUACUCCACAUUUUGACAAUAAAUAGUUUAAUGUCUCACAUUAACUUUGAAUGUAAAGGAAGAAGUGUUGGCCUAAGCAGGGUUGUAGGUAUUUUAUAUUUCCUACUAGAAUCCCUUAUGUGUCUGGAUUCCAUUUUAGUGAGUAGUCUUAUGUUUA